AAAGAUCCCAAGCCAUAGACAUCAGAAUAUUACUGACAUCGGACUGGUGUGAGUGAACUCUUUAGAUAACUACCUCCAAUCCAUGAGAACACCUUAGCAACUGCAUAGCAACAUGCUGAAACUACUCAGAUAUGUAGAAACCACAUUCAAGUGCUCAAACCGCCAAGAUUUAAAUUCACAAAAGAAUGGGAUAACCUGUCACUGGUGAGAAAGUGUCGGUUUGUGUUUUUGUAUAUACAGUAUCUCAAUAUUACAGGAUUUUUUGCUAUGCCACAUUUUUUAUGUCGUCUUGUGUUAGUUUAGCAAAAUCAUCUGCUGAAGUCUUACAGAUAUAGAUAAUCAUACUUCUAACUACAGUUGCAGACAGUCAACUUGCUCUUGAAUGUUUACGGGCCGGCCCAAAGAACAGCCGCUAAUGAGGAAUCUAUGUAUAUUAUGUCUGUGAUUCAGAAUGGAAACCACUGACAACACCCUAUCAUCAAGACAGUCAGCAGGAUGGAUCAGAUUCGUUUUGGGUGGGCACUCUCUGCCCCUCCUCUGGAAACUGACGAAAUCAUGGGUGGACAUGGAAUUUGAACUUGCUGCCGGCUCAUGUCUCCAGUCUUUUCGUGGGCAUCAGGGGAAGAAAGAGCACUGACUUCUGCGGCUGGCUGUUGGAGCAUCAGAUACAUUUGGAGAAUCGGGAAUAGCGUGUCAAUAUUGUCUACUGGGAAAAAUAAAUUUGAGAUGUUAUUGGACGCUAAGCACAUCCUCUGGUUGGUCUGUGCCUGCAGCGCUGUAACCCAAGAUGACUCGGCCCCUAGGAUGAAGGUGGAGAGGAGUCUUCCGGUCCGAGGGUCUCUGGCGGAGCAGGUGGUCUUGCCCUGCCAUUUCUCCAUCCUCCCCGCCCUGACCGACACCCCCAGCACACCCACCGAUGACCAUCUGCGCAUCAAGUGGACUAAACUCGAGGGGGAUGAGGAAAGCAUAGUGAUAGUGGCCCAGAACGGGAUCAUCAAGAUCGGCCAGGGGUUUAAAGACAGGGUGUCUCUUCCCAGCCUCUCCGAGAACCAGGGCGACGCGUCUCUGACCGUAAUGAACCUCAGGGCCAGUGAUGCGGGCGUCUACCGCUGCGAGGUUAUGCGCGGCAUCGAAGACACUCAAGACACCGUCUCCCUGGACGUCAGUGGUGUUGUGUUUCAUUACCGUGCCAACAGCAGUCGCUACAGUUUAGAUUUCGAAAGCGCCAAGCAGGUCUGCACGGAUGUGGAUGCCACCAUCGCCACCCCUGAGCAGCUUUAUUCAGCCUGGGAGGACGGAUUCGACCAGUGCGACGCCGGAUGGCUGGCAGACCAAACCGUCAGAUACCCGAUAACAAAGCCACGGGAAGGUUGCUAUGGCGAUAUGAUACUAAAGCCAGGAGUCAGAACAUACGGACUCAGAAAUUCCUCCGAAAUGUAUGAUGUGUACUGCUACGUAGGAAAACUUCAGGGUGAGGUGUUCUUUUCUGCUGCGGAUGCUAAGGUGACUCUGGAUGAGGCCAGGGCAGUGUGUGAAAGACAGGACACUGUUUUAGCAUCUCCUGGUCACCUGCAUGCCGCCUGGAGAGACGGCUUGGACCGCUGCGACUACGGCUGGCUGUCUGACGGCAGCGCCCGCUACCCCAUCGCUGUACCCAGAACUCAGUGCGGCAAUGGACAGCUGGGUGUGAGGACUAUGUAUCGCUUCCGCAACCAGACGGGAUUUCCUUUACCGAGCGAGAAGCUAGGAGCCUACUGUUUCAAAGGAUGGGAUCCCACAACUGUACCCACGACUGUGGCCAUGACUGUACCCACAGCUGGACCCGCAACAUCUCCAAUUCUCUCGGACAGCCUUCAAGUCUCUUCCCUUAAAGCAACGUCUUCUACACCAGCCCACGGCACCACAGAAGAACCACCAUCCGUGUUUUCUGCAAGCAUGGCUCCACGUGAAAGAGCCACUCCUAAAGCAUAUCCUUCUGCUAAAGCCACAGUUGUUGUACCAACUGAAGCCGAGACAAUUGCAGAUAUGGCAACCCCAACCACAUUUAAUGACUAUGAAGAUCCGGACAAAUCACUGGUGCAUCAGGAACCCCCUGGUGCAAAUACAUACUCUCCUUCUCAGCUAUUCUCAGUCCCCACCUCAACUGAAAGACCCCAUUAUCUAGAUAACUUUUUCUCUAUCCAGCUACCCGGUCAGCCCACCGCAGGGAGCAGUCACCCUGUGUUGGAUACUCCGCAUGAGGAAUACAGUGGAACUGAGGGUACCAUCAGUGGUGACACGGAUACUCCCGAGAGUGUGAUUCCUACUUCGCAUGUGUUUGUUACGACCUUCCAAGGAGACUCAGACGAGCCAAAAAUUGUAUACAAAGAGAACCAAACCACUGCAAACACGACCGAAGAAGGUUCGGCCGUUGCUGAGUCCACCAUGAUAACCCCGCAUUUAAGUGAAGAGGUUGUGCACAACCAGCAGAUUGAAUCCAUGAAGGAUGUCAACUUUUCACUAGACAUCAAUAUGCUUAUAGUCAACAUUGCGGGCCAAAAUCAGUCAGUUGAUGAUGUUCUAAAAUUCCUUGGGCACAACACUCGAGCCCUAACUGGUGAAAAUGAGCCACCUUUGGGCAGUGGAGACCUUGAUAUAUAUCCCUCGGCUUCUGUUACCAUCACCCCAGAACUAAGUUUCAUUAACGGAAAGCACGAGUUGACUCUGAAACCAGACACUGACCAAACUCAGGAGGCCAGAGGAGACCAGUUUGACACUGCUAUCCCACCAACAGAAGAAACCAUCCCUGAUGAUGAGAUAGAAAUACUGUUGACGGAGGCUGAAGGCAUCACUUCCUCCCCUGAGACAAAUGAAUUUGGCUCAACGUCAAGAACCCCAAUUGAGCCCCAUUUCACAACAAAGAGCUCGGGAAGUAUAACCACGACAGAGUUUCCCAAGUUUACAACUAAGUCUCCAAGCCAGAAGAUGACCUCACAAGCCAUAUCAUUUAGCAUUUCGAAGUUCGAAGACGGUUCUGGGAUGCGCCCAACAGAUGAUGAAGAGGAAUUGACACCAUUGGAAGGUUCUGCAGAUGACACGCUGCCAAGAACGGCAUCUAAUGACCCGGAUAUUGUAGUUACUGAUGAGACUGAAAUAGCGGAAACAGAGAAGACUACACAGACAUUUGGGGUGCAUUGCUCCACCAAAGGACCUGUUACAACUCCAUUUGUUACAACUCCAGAAUCCAGAACUGUAGAAACAGAAAUGAAGACAGAAACAGAAGAUUUUGAGGGCUCCACCUCUGCUGAAGAAGAAAGCUCGGGACAAGAUAUAUAUUCAGCAGAAGAGCCAAAACAUUCAACUUUAUCUCCAUCUUUCACGGUUUCUUCUCACAGCUCUAUAAGUUCCUUAACAAGUACUCAUCCCAAAGAGCCAAGGCAACCUGCUAGUUUGGCUCUGUCCAGUACAGAGCCUACGAUUCAGGUGGUCUCAACUUUUCAAACAGGGGCAAUCUCAGAGGAAAGCACUGGUUAUAUUAAACAUUCUGAGAAAGACCAAAACAGAAGUUCAACUGAGAGUCCCUUGUUGGUCCCUGAGAUUGAAAAAGGUGUUAACACGAUCUUCACAUUCUCUGAGGACUUCAGCUCUGGUGAUCAGCCAACUGAAGCAUUCUCAAAUCAACCUUUCACUACAACUAUUGUUCCAUCCCUUCUCAUUCAACAAACUGAAGAAAUUAGUACUUCAAAUGCUAAAGUAUUUGAAGGUUCUGCAGAAGACACAACACCAUUGAGUUUUAUCAAUGUCGAAAGUCAAACAAAAUUCACAACCCAAAGUUCAGAGACCACCAUUCUCCCCAGUGAUGGUCUUAGAGCAGCAAUGUCUUCCUCCCAAGAAAAUCUUGGAAAUCAAGGUUCUGCAGAAGACACAACACCAUUGAGUUUUACCAGUGUCGAAAGUCAAACAAAAUUCACAACGCAAAGUUCAGAGACCACCAUUCUGCCCAGUGAUGGUCUUAGAGCAGUAAUGUCUUCCUCCCAAGAAAAUCUUGGGAAUCCAGGUUCUGCAGAAGACACAACACCAUUGAGUUUUACCAGUGUCGAAAGUCAAACAAAAUUCACAACCCAAAGUUCAGAGACCACCAUUCUGCCCAGUGAUGGUCUUAGAGCAGUAAUGUCUUCCUCCCAAGAAAAUCUUGGAAAUCCAGGUUCUGCAGAAGACACAACACCAUUGAGUUUUACCAGUGUCGAAACUCAAACAAAAUUCACAACCCAAAGUUCAGAGACUACCAUUCUACACACUGAUGUAAUGUCUUCCUCCCAAGAAAAUCAAUUAAUCCAAAAACCAUCUUCAGAAGACACAACCACCACAGUGCAGACACCUGAGACUUCAGAGGAGACAACACAAGAAAUAUCACAUUCUCCACCUGGAAUCUCAACGGAGAAGCCUCUCACUUCAUCUACUCCAGUUUCUAGUCAUCCCCCCACCAGUGUUGCUACAGAAUUAAAUGAGGAAGAGCCAGUUCAGGUCUCGGAUAGAGGCACUACUUCUGCUACUGAAGACAUUUUCAUCACUACCGAAGCCACAAGUACUGUGGCAUUUGAAGCAAAUUCCCCAGAUUAUGAAGAUCAGCCAGGUCCCUCAUUUGUUGAAAGACAACCACCAUCCAGGGAAGAGUUAACCACAAGAAAACCAGAGGUCUGGACGGAAUCCAGCUACACUGUUGAGAGCCAUAAUAUGCUGGAUUUGGAAGGUCUCACACUUUGCUCUGUCAAUGUGUGUGAAAAUGAUGGAAAAUGCUUUUCUAAUGGAAAAGGAAACAUUUGUGUCUGCAUGCCUGGAUUCAGUGGGGAACAUUGUGAAAAUGACAUUGAUGAAUGCCAGUCGAACCCCUGUCGCAAUGGAGCUACAUGCAUUGAUGGGUUGAACUCGUUCAGUUGUGUCUGUCUGCCCAGCUAUUCGGGAGCCCACUGUGAGCAAGAUACAGAGGUUUGUGACUUUGGCUGGCACAAGUUUCAGAGCCACUGCUAUAAAUACUUCACACACCGACGGACAUGGGAAGCAGCGGAAAGAGAGUGUCGUCUGCAGGGCGGUCACCUCACCAGCGUCCUGUCCCACGAGGAGCAGCUCUUUGUAAAUCGUUUGGGCCAUGACUAUCAGUGGAUCGGGCUGAAUGAUAAAAUGUUUAACAAUGAUUUCCGCUGGACCGAUGGACACCCUAUGCAAUUUGAGAACUGGAGAGAGGGUCAGCCGGACAGCUUCUUUUCCACGGGCGAGGACUGCGUGGUGAUGAUCUGGCAUGAGAACGGCCAGUGGAAUGAUGUGCCGUGCAAUUAUCACCUGACCUUCACCUGCAAGAAGGGCACUGUGUCCUGUGGUCAACCCCCUGUCAUAAAAGACGCCCAUAUCUAUGGCAGCAUGAAACCACGCUAUGAAAUCAACUCUCUGGUCAGGUACCACUGCAAGGACGGCUUCAUCCAAAGACACGUUCCUACUAUCAGAUGCCAAGAAGAUGGCCACUGGGGCAAGCCCAAAAUCACAUGCUUGAAUCCAUCUACCUACCAGAAGACGUAUGCACACAAAUAUCAAAACAAUAACUAUUACAACAACAGUAAGAGACGCCACAGUGGGUCCCAUCAUCGCUGGUUAAAAACAACUGAGGACUCCAUACACUGAUCCCCAACCAGAGCUACAGAUGCUUCACAUCCACAGAGAAGGUCUUCAGUCGAAAGGCGCGAAGCCAAACUAUGUGCCUGAUGAAUGUUUUAGAGCUGAAGUGAAUUACCCUGAGGGACUGCAAAAAACACCAUCACACCCACUGAGAGUGUACUUUAUCUUCGACUAUGCAAUAGUGUACAUCGCAUAUUGUAAUUAUGUCUUAAUGUUUUGACAUGGGGAGGAGGGUCUCUGGUUGAAAUGUAUAUAGUAGAGAUAAUGAACAAGUAAAAACAGCUGUGAAUGGUGACUGUAAUUUUUUUAAGUCGUAACCUUACGAAGAAUGGGAUUUCCUUUUCUCCCUGGCUCAAUAAAAGAGCACUAUGGUACGAGCUGAGUAUAAACAAAACAAUUACAGUACGCAUGUACGAAGAGUAAAAGAACAAUAGGCAUUAUAUUGUUUCACAUUGUGGUGAGGGGGGUUCAAAAGGGAUGUCACGGGGCUGGAGGACAAAACAAUGCUGAAAGGACUGCAACUCAUGACUGGAAAACAAAUCUUCAUCGUCAUCUUCCUCGGCAGCAUCCUCUCUAGUUGUGAGGAUUACUCCGAUAACACCAAACUAUUGUACACUCUCAUAAUCAUAUUCUCAUAUGGCAUCGAAAUAUAUAUUUUAGGUUGUUGUUUUUUUGUGGGUUUGUAAUCAUUUUUUUAUUUUAUUUUUUACUUUUUUAAAUGAAUGUCAUGGUAAAAUAUGAAAAUAUGAAUACUGUAUGUGUGGUUGAAUGAACUAGCAGUUUUGUCAAACAUUAUUACAAAUGUUACACGAAGCCAUAGAAGUUUAAUUUAUUGCUGAAGAUACAUAGGCCUAUAACAAUGAAUGAACUGUGAGAUUUUAAAUAAUAAAAGCGCUAUUAGUAUAUUAUGAACACA